AUGGCCACCAAGUUUGCUCAGAGCCUCACCUUACUAGUUAUAAUCGCUUCAAUGUUUGCAGAGAGCAUGGCCAACAAGGAUUCGUCCUUUGGUUUUAACUACACUGAUUGGUGGUCCAGAUUCGGGAACCAUAACCACAACAAGACACAGCUAGAACCAAGGAAGAUCAUAGUGGGUGGGUCUGAACAUUGGCAUUUUGGCUAUAACUACACCGAUUGGGCUUUCAAAAAUGGCCCCUUUUACCUCAACGACACUCUAGUGUUCAAGUAUGAUGCUCCAAAUGCCACUAGUUUUCCACACAGCGUGUACUUGUUUCCAAACUUUUGGAGCUUCAUGAAUUGUGAUGUUAAGAGGGCAAAGAUGCUUGCGAAUCCCACACAAGGUGGAGGAGAGGGCUUCCAUUUCGAGUUAAACAAGUGGCAGCCUUACUACUUUGCAUGCGGUGAGAGAAAUGGCUUUCAUUGCAACAAUGGACAGAUGAAAUUUACUGUUAUGCCGAUGCUUCGUACCUUCUGGCCAUGGCCAUGA